GGUGUUCGGAUGACAAGAGAAGAGCGGGCGAAGCGAUCGCACGCACAGUCUCCCGAUUAUGUCUUUCGCUCUUUACUUGCUGGAGGAAUUGCGGGUUGCAUUGCAAAGACAACCGUAGCUCCAUUAGACAGAGUGAAAAUUCUUUUCCAAGCGUCAAAUCCUGAGUUCCAGAAAUAUUCUGGCACAUGGACAGGCGUUUUUAAAGCUGCAAGAGAUAUUAAGAGAGACUACGGUGUUGUAGGCCUAUUCCAGGGGCACACCGCCACGCUCCUGCGCAUCUUCCCUUAUGCAGCCAUCAAAUUCAUGGCGUACGACCAGGCCCACAAGUCCCUAAUGCCCACAACAGAGUCUGAAACGAAUGUUCGACGAUUUAUUGCAGGGUCUGCAUCAGGGAUGGUAUCUGUCCUUUUCACAUACCCCCUUGAACUGUUACGCGUUCGUUUGGCGUUUGAAACGAAGUCUGACCGGACAGGUGGCCGACCAACUCUGUCCAGCACCUUCCGCACAAUAUACAACGAAGGCACAUCGUUUAUGCUGACGAAUGGGCACCGCGCCUCACUCUCUCCAUCUUCUUCAAUUACCCCUCCACCUACUAAUGCACGACUCUUCGAGUCUUUCCCUAUUUUGAAAUUUUACCGUGGGUUCACUGUAACCCUCCUUGGCAUGAUACCGUAUGCUGGAACGUCAUUUCUCAUUUAUGGGCAUCUCCGCUCUCUUGUCGCAACCCCCCAUCGUCUUGAUAAUUCUUCAGAACCAAGUCCGAAACCACGCGGCAAAGUUACCCAUGACUUAUUCGCUGGCGCCGUUGCGGGAGCAGUUGCACAGACUGUAUCUUACCCCUUUGAGGUCGUUAGGAGACGAAUGCAAGUUGGCGGCUUGAUGCGUCCUGGCGCCUGGCAAGGGUUUGGCGAAACUGUGCGUGCAGUCUGGAAACGUUCGGGAUGGAGAGGAUUUUUCGUCGGACUUAGCAUCGGGUAUCUCAAAAUUAUCCCAAUGACAGCCGUGAGCUUUGCUUCGUGGGAAUACUGCAAACACCUGCUCGGUGUUUGACCCGGGGGCGGUCUCCUUGUCUCAGCACACCAUAUCCAUCGUUGCAGAUCGACAAUGGAGAAUACCUUAGCUUGCAUACAUGUAAUCUUCACAAUGCGCAUGAAUGUAGAUAAUCCAAUAGUUAAUCAUUGUUCUUCAU